GAGGUUUUCCCACAUGACUGUCAACCAGGAGAGCCGGGAUAGAGGGUCAGAAGCAUCAGGUGGGGGCCUGGUGCAGCGUUACCUCCGGAGGUCCUUCCCCAGGGGCUUGUCGACCUGCUCCUACCCAGACAGGGACAGGCAGCGGCAGGUAGAGGAGCCCCGGGGGCCUGGGCCUUUCUACUUCUUAGGAGGAGCAAAUGGGGCUGAAAUAGUCAGUGUUUACUGUGAGAGCAGAGGAUGGAAGAGGAUUUACAACAAGCACAGGGCGGAUUUCAAACUCAAGUGGUGUGAGACCAAAUCACCAGCAAACUACUGUAACUUCAGAGAAGGUGGUCAGCUGGUGUAUCAGAUCCCUAACAACAGGGUGCUCACCACUAAGAUCGGCCUCCUCAGCAGCCUGCGGGAGUAUGAGCGAGUCAGCACAAAAGUCAACCACGGUCAAGGACUGAGGAGGCUAAAAAUGGAAGAGUUUAUUCCCACUACCUUCCGCAUGGAUGUGAGGGAUGAGAGGGAGGCUUUCUUUGCCCAGCAGGAAGGUGUGAGCAACAACGAGAGCCACAUGUGGAUCUGUAAGCCCACGGGUCUGAACCAGGGUAAAGGGAUCUUUCUGCUGAAGAGCCAGAAGGACGUGGCCGCCUUCAGACUGAAGCUGCAGCACACGGAGGACAGCCAGGCCGACAGGAAGACGCACCGCCGCCAGCCUCAGGCUCGCAUUGUCCAACAUUACAUCCAGAGUCCGCUGCUCCUGAAAGGGAAAAAGUUUGAUGUGCGCUCUUACCUUCUGAUCGCCUGCACUGUACCGUACAUGGUCUUCUUUCGCCACGGAUAUGUACGGUUGACCUGCGAUCUUUACGACCCCAGCUCCAACAACCUCUCUGCCCACCUGACCAAUCAGUACAUGCAGAAGAAGAACCCUCUGUACAGCCAGCUGAAGGAGGACACUGUUUGGUCCAUGAAGAGUUUCAACACCUAUGUCAACGACAGGUUUCAGGUUGCCAAGGGUCUGCCCAGGGACUGGGUGCUGGGCGUCUUUGCAAAGCGCAUGCAGCAGAUCAUGACGCAGUGCUUCUUGGCAGUCAAAUCCAAGCUAGACUGCAGACUGGGCUUCUUUGACUUGAUUGGCUGCGACUUCAUGGUUGACGAGGACUUCAAGGUGUGGCUGUUGGAGAUGAACUGUAAUCCAGCUCUUCAUACGAACUGUGAAGUGCUGAAGGAUGUGAUACCCAGCAUUGUUGUGGAGACACUGGAUUUAACUCUGGAGAUCUUCAACAAAUGUCGCCUCAAGCAGAGGAUUCUUCCUUUGGCCAGUCAGAGGGACUUUGUGCUGCUUUGCGACAGAGUUCUUCCUCCUGUUUCAGUGCUGGCCUGCAGCAGGAGCAACACAAACGCUGAAUUCUACCAGAAAAGCACCAAAAAGACUGAACCCAGAAGAUGUAAGUCAGGGACGAAGGGCAAACUUUUGCCCUCAUCAUCCCCUGAUAAUGUGAAUGUCUCAGCGAGCGGUGAAGGAAGGAGCAGAUCAAAGUCUGGCCUGCGUCCCACCGCAGCCUCACCUCUCCGUCGAAGCUCUCCGUCAGUGCAGGGACCUUCACAUUUACACAGCAGCAGCAACAGCAUGCAGACUCUUCGGAAUAAGAACCCCAGGCCUCGGGUCGAACUCAAGCCGAGCAAAUGUACUCUGCAUCAUCACUCGAAAGCUGCGGCCCAUGUGAAGCACGUGAAGGCUCAGCAGAAGACGGGGAUGUCGGCACCAGGGGUCUCCAUCCGUGGCCCACCACUCCUUCCUCAUGCAGGCCCUCCUGUGUGUGGGAACAAACUGUGAAGAAAAGCUCAGAGAGGACACAAACUAAAGAGGAACUGUAAUGCAUCAUAAGCAAACAGCUGAGAUCUAAAGAGCUUUGUCUAAAAAAAUUAAUAAAAUAGGAUCUACACUUUGGACAUAAAUGUUUAAAUGUGAAAAUAAUCUAUUUAUCACUUGAAUUAUAAUAACCGGGUUCAUUGUAUUGUUGCUUUGUACGGAAUAUGUUGUAUGGAAGAGCACCUUUUGGCUUCAAUUUAAAAACAAGUUUUUCUUCCAAUAUUGAGACUUGUUUACUGUAAUCAAAGCA